AUGGUGGAAACAAUAGAAGUAGAAAGGUGGAUUAGAUUAAGAUCAGAUGGAGCUGUUAAGUUUAACAUAGGAUGUGUUGUCAUCGGAGGUGUAAGGAUGGACCAUAAUGGAAAUUGGAUCUUUGAUUUUAAUCGUGGGUUGGGAAAUUGUUCAGUUUUCGAAGCUGAGCUUUGGGGAAUUCUCAAUGGUGUGAUGUUGAUACAAGGAAGAAUUCAUGACAAAGUAUUAGUGCAAACAGAAAACAUGAAAAUUAUUGGGGAUAUCAAGGAGUCCUUGUUAAAGAAUUCAAACUCUACAAUAAUUAGACACAUAGCUCAGCUUCUGCAGCAGAUGAAGAGUUGGUGUAACACUCCUAACCAUUAUCCAUCACCGGAUUAA